AUGCGCCUGACCUCGGUCCCAGACGUCCCUCGAUACCCUGCCCCUCCCCUUUCGGACGCGGUCCUGAUCGCCAUGAACCGCAUGCCUCCUCCAGAGGGGCAUCAUGCGCCGCCCUCCGCGCAUGCCGUCUACGAGCAUGCCUGGCCGCGCCCGCCAUACCCCCCAUCCUUCGAACAUGCGCCGGACCGCCGCCCCGCGAGCACCCAGGCCCCGCUGCCUCCGCAAGGGUACCCCCAGCUUGCCCGGACCCCCGCCCCCCCGGCGCAUCCACAAGACCCGACCCCUCCUCCGCAUGCGGGCUAUCGGCCCCCGAUGAACGGCGCGCCGCACGAAUCCUCGCCGCAUUCUGCGCCGCCGGAGUACCGCUCGCGCAUGAGCUUUCAGGCCUCGGAGCCGCCUGGCACCAACGAGUCGACUCCUCCGUCGGGCCCGCUGCCAUCCACGUCACAAUUCAUGCCGCCUGGGCCGCCGGUGCCGCCUGGGACACCGGGUCCGUAUGAUCAGGGCUAUUAUCAGAACCCAGCUUUCGGAGCUCGUCAGCGAAAGGCGGCUCGUGCCCAGCAGGCGUGUGAUCAAUGUCGAUCGAGGAAGGCAAAGUGUGACGAAGGACGGCCGGCGUGCAGUCAUUGCAAGGAGAAUAACUUGAUGUGUGUUUAUAAGGAGGUGCCGCCCCAUAAGCAGGAGAAGAGUGCACAGUUGGUCAUGGACCGGAUUUUGGAAUUGGAGGAUAAGAUGACCGAGAAGUUUGAGAGUUUCAACAAGAUCUGGAAGACACAGGAGAGCGCAUACAAGGAGAUAAUGGCUCAACGUCAGGAAAUGGUGACUCAGCGCCAAAUGAUUGCCGACCUUCUGUCCGCAAGGUCCGCAGACUCAUCACGAUUGCCUGGCUCGCAUGCCAUUGCGGCUCUGCCGGCCGCUGCGGCUAUCACGGUUCCCAUAACCGCGUCACAGCAAGAAACAUUAAUGAAGACUGAAUCUGCCCCCACAGAUCUUUCAGAGGAGCAGCCAGCUUCGACUUCAUUUUACUCUCAAGGGAGUCUUGAAGCCGGGCAUCCGUCGCUCUUGAGUUCUAGCUUUGAGGACACCGCGAAGAACGAUAACGAAGGAGAGCUAUCCAUUCCCGUGGAGCAUACAACUGCUGCUCACAAGCUUCUCAUGUGGCCGUCUAUCAAGAGAUUACUCAACGCUGACUAUGAUGAAGACUACGUGAUGAGGUUGGAGGAGGAACGGGGUCUGAUUAGUGUUUAUGGACAGGGCGAGAUCUCGUACACAGCCGACGACACACUCCUACCAACACCGCCCUUCCCGAAUGAUGACGGAGGGUUCGAUGAGAAAUAUUCAAACUCCGACGGAACAUCGAAAAUCCUUAGCGCGACCUCUCCCUCAGACGCGGAUGCAGACAUUGACCGAUUUGGAUGGCUGAGGCUAGAUGGCAAGACUGCUUACCGGUAUUUCCAGAGCUACAUGAAUCGCAUGCACAUACUGCAUCCUUUCCUGUGGCAACAUCAGCUUGAAGCAAAGGUCGAUGCUUUUAUAAGAUGUUACUGUUCUCGGACCUCGUCACCCAUGUCGGAACCGAAUACCCUGUGCCGAGAUAAGAAGCGCAAGCGGUCACACGAAGAUCUCCAAGGGAUUCGAGGCACAUCUGCCGAUUCAACCUCUGCCUCGAACCGGCCCCGCGUGGGACGUAAUAUCGAUAAUGCCAUCAUUCUGCUCGUUCUUGCCCUGGGCGCUAUUUGCGAACGCAAGUCUCCACUGCCAGGUCCAAUUAUGGACAACAAGGUCGAAGACUACCGCCAGCAGUUUAUUCCUCCACCUCUUGGACCCCUCCCACCACGACCACCGUCGCUACCACAACAAGCGAACGGCACAGCACAUGCCCCGAAUGGUGUUCUCUCCCCUGCAAACUCGGACUCUGUGCUUCCCCUUUCGUCUUACUAUGCCCCACACUUUCAGCACACCCAGACUUUCUCUUCUGAACCAGACCCCAAUCCAAACCUCUCCAGGCAGACGAUUUCCGCCACCCACGACGAGUACGGCAAUGUCAAGAACCUGCAAGUCAUUCCUGGUCUAGCACUGUAUGGAUAUGCUACCAAGAUCCUUGGUCUCCUCCAAGGUGGCGUGGAACUGUCUCAUGUUCAGGCGGGAUUGCUUGCUGGUCUCUAUGCUGGUCAGCUAGCACACCCCUUCCAAAGUCAUGGCUGGAUCUGUCAGGCGGCACGGGCAUGCCAGGUGCUUGUGCGACAGAAACGGUACGAGAGACUGCCAGAGGGCCAGACCCAGGACAUGUUCAACUUCGCCUACUGGACAUGUCUGCAGCUAGAAAGCGAUCUCCUCGCCGAGCUUGAUAUCCCCGCAAGUGGUAUUUCUCGCUCCGAAGGCCGCAUCAACCUACCCAAGGGCCGCUUCACGAUCGACAUCCCAGACGACCUCGAAGCGCCCAGCACACGGAUGAUGCUCUUCUACUCAGCACAGAUUCACCUCCGCAAAGUCCUCAACCGCGUACACACCGACCUAUACAAAGUCGACAAGCAAGGCGAAACAGGCCGCUGGUCCGCCAGCCCUCCCCGAGACAAUGAACUGGAAAGACCACGACCCCCCGCCAGGGAAAUCAACGCCGCCCGCAUGCGCGCCAAGUACUACGGCGCCCGCUAUAUCAUCCACCGCCCCUUGCUCUACCACGCACUGCACUACGGUCAGACCGGCGCGCGUAUCGGUUCCAUCCCCCAGACGGCCCCUGUCGACUCGCCGACGGGCUCGACCUCGGCCUCGCAGACUCAACAGAUGUCGCCGUCCAUAACGCACGCGUCUAACCGCGCUAGUAGUGCGCACAUGCAGCGCAUGCUGAGCGACGUCGGCGCCGCGCCGAGCAGCCUGUCCUCGUCGUUCGCGAACAGCUGGACCCCGCCUACCGUCAUCCUACGCGAGCUGCCGUCCAAGUUGCGGCGCGCGUGCAAAGUUUGUAUCGAGUCCGCGAUCCUGAGUACCGAGGCGUUCGAUGGCGUCGAGGACCGGCUCGUUGUGACGAAUAUCUUCGGCACGGCUCAUGCCCAAUUCGGCAACAUGCUUGUCCUCUCCGCAACAUACAACUCCAGCCUCUCCGAGCUCGUCGAGCGCCCCACCCUCCAGCGCCUCCUGAAGCGCACAAUCCGUUUCCUCCUACGCAGCCAGAACAUCUCGCCCACCCUGCGCGCUGACGCUCGCAUCCUCACUGAAAUCUACACCAAGAUCUUCCACCAUGCCCCGAACCUCAACGAGGCACCGUAG